GGAACUAGCUGAUUGUAGAGGAAGGUGAAGCAGGUCCUGUCGCAGAGCAGAAGAAUCAUGGAAGUGGACAAAGAAAGAAUCCAGCAGUAUGCCAUCACGAGCCUGAAAAUUGUACAAGCCGUUGUUAAUUCAGCAGCAACAGUUUUCCCAUGUCUCAGUCUUGCCAGUUCCUUUAUUGGGGUGCUUAUAAAUAUUGGCGACAAUAAUGACGACAGCAUAGAGGAGCUAAGGAAGGAGUUCCAGAAGAUCGACAAUGGCUUUGAUGAGCUCACAAAAGAAAUCAACGAGGUGAUAAAUAACAUCAAGUUAGAGACAAUGCAAACACAAUUCGCACCACUGGAGAAGAACCUGGAACGCCAGCACAAAGAGUACAUGAAGGUGAUCAACGCCCCACCAGAGGAGAUGAGUCAUAGAUUUGAUAAGUUUGAAAAGGUCUACCAGGAGACAGAACGUGAUGGUAAUCUUUGGACCCUGUAUGAAAGCAUGAUAGGUGUGAGCUCGAUGUCCACCGAUCCCAUCCUGAAGGUGUUCAAGGAGGGCUUAGACAACAAGCGCGACGCCAUGACCAAGGUCUGCGACCACCUGGUAUACCUGCUCAGCAUCGGCUGCAUCACCAUGCUGGCCAAUGCUAUGCGCUGCGGCGGUAACAUGGAAGCACUGGAGCAGGAAUGGGAGGAGAAGAUGAAGCGUGUGUUUGAGGAGAUAGAGAAAACUCUGAAAGAUUGCCAAUAAAGAUCUUCAUGUUGGAGCCUCUGUGCACACUUGUUGGGCAUCCCUGUUCAUAUUGUCUCAUUCCUUCUAUUCAGCAAUGCCCCUGUGAGUCAGUUUUAUUACGUGGUUCUGUCUUUAAUAGUUUAAAUAAGAGUUUUUAGGGUUUUUUUCAUCACAUUAUUAAUGAUGAUCUUUUUUUUUUUUGUUUGGUGGCAAAUUUGAUGUUUUGUAUGUUUUCUGCUUCAUGAACAUCUAUUCGUGUCUGGACAGAUGCUUUGGUCUUUAUGUUGCACUUUGUUGUAGAAAUAAUUUGGGAAAAUCUUUGGCGGUCUUGCUUGGUUCUAUACAUGCUGCUGCAAAUGAACAAGAAAACAAUGAACUGGUUUGAAGUGUUUUGUUGUUUUAGACACUGAGUUUCAGUUACUGACUAGAACAAUGUUGAAGCUGUUCUUCUGGGAACUGAAAGCACACAUGCUUGUUUUUAAUUUUUCAAAAUAUUUCUUUCAUUUUGUUAUUG